AACUAGCUCACACUAUUGACGGGUCGCUCUGCCGUUUCCUAUACUCCUUCUUCUUAGCCGUCCAUGGCGUUACCUCCCAUGGAUGAGGGCAAGCACCUCAGCGAGGCCCUCAAUACCGUAAAAAUCCAGUUUCAGCAGAUGAAACGGAACCUGGAGUUAGAUCAGCUCAUGGACGCGUUGAAGAGCGCAAGUCUAAUGCUUGCUGAGCUUAGGACGUCGUCGCUCUCACCGAAGCAGUAUUACGAACUCUAUAUGGCUGUAUUCGAUGCGCUACGGCAUCUCACCAACUAUCUGUACGAUGCUCACACACAAGGACGUCACCACCUCGCCGACCUUUACGAGUUAGUCCAGUACGCUGGCAACAUCAUCCCCCGUCUUUAUCUCAUGAUUACCGUUGGCGCCGUGUACAUGUCCAUUCCCGAUGCUCCAGUCAAAGAAAUCAUGAAGGACAUGAUGGAAAUGUCUCGAGGCGUCCUGCAUCCGAUUCGAGGAUUAUUUCUGAGGCAUUAUCUGAGCGGGCAGACCCGAGACUAUCUGCCAGUUGGCGUUGAAGAAGGCCCCGCCGGGAGUCUGCAAGAUACCAUUUCAUUUGUCCUCACCAACUUCAUCGAAAUGAACAAGUUAUGGGUUCGCUUGCAGCACCAAGGGCAUUCGCGGGACCGCGAGAAGCGCGAGAUGGAACGACGUGAAUUACGAAUCCUUGUUGGCACAAACCUCGUUCGGCUUAGUCAACUAGACGGCGUUGACCUCGAGAUGUACGAGCGCCUCAUCCUCCCAGGUAUCCUCGAACAAGUCGUAAACUGCAAGGAUGUCAUCGCUCAGGAGUACCUGAUGGAGGUGGUCAUCCAAGUCUUUACCGACGAAUUUCACCUACAUACCCUUGGUCCAUUCCUCUCAGCCACUGCCCAAUUGCACCCCAAGGUCAAUAUCAAAUCCAUCGUAAUUGCUCUCAUCGACCGUUUGGCAGCUUACGCUGCGCGAGAAGCAGAGAGCGAAGACCCGGAAGAAACAAAGCGGCAAGAAGAAGCGGCUGCUCGGCGUUUGGCAGAAAAGGUUAAACUCCAAAAAGCCAAAGCUCGGGAGAACGGUUCUGUGACAUCUUCGUCUGUGGAGGAAAAUGCAUGGGGAGUAUCAACCUCACCGACAACAACCAGCGCAUCAGAACCGGAAAAGACACCGGUAAACGGGUCCAGUCACGAGCGAAAGGGUAAAGACAAGGAGGGGUCGCCAGUGCGCAAGUUCAGAGGGGUCCCAGAGAACGUCCAGCUUUUUGAGGUCUUCUGGAAACAGGUCGUAGAACUCAUCAAAGCGCGGCCGGAUCUCUCAAUCCAGGACAUCACGGCCUUGUUCGUUUCUUUGACAAAUCUCUCUCUCAGUUGUUAUCCGGACAGACUAGAAUAUGUUGACCAAGUGCUUGGUUACGCCGCCGAGACGAUCAAGGAAUAUUCCGAAAGUCCUGAUCUGCACGCCCAGCAGACUACCUCCAAUCUGGCCGCUCUUUUGGUCGCACCUAUUAACUCUUACCAGUCCGUUCUGACAUUGCUGGCUAUCCCGAACUAUGCUCCCCUAUUAACGAAACAACUUUUUUCUACUCGCCGGUCAAUAGCGCAUUCCAUUAUAUCAUCCGUGUUAAAGAACGAAACCGUUGUUGAAACACCGGAAGACGUAGAUGGGGUGUUGGAGCUGUGUCACGUUCUUAUCAAGGACCAGUCGGAUGCAGCAGGUGGUGUCAGCGUCAACGGUUCACAGCCCAAUUUAAAGGAUGUCCGUAGACAAGGGCCGUAUUCCAUGGAACGUGAGGAGAUGUCUGAGGAACAGGGAUGGGUUGCGCGUAUGCUGCUGCAGAUGGCUCGGAAACAUUUCGAUGCCGGCGGGGAGCGGAUGCGAUUCACUUUCCCUGCUCUAAUAACAUCAUCAAUAAAAUUAUGCAGACGGUAUAAGAACAGGGAGCAUCUGGAAGAGGAUUGGGAAACACAAGUUUCUUCAAUCCUCAAAUUUCCAAACAUUGCUUUGCGGUUGUUUCUACUGUCGGCGCAGAUUGCUGAUGAAUGCGGGUUUGAAGACUUGACAUAUGACCUCUAUGUGCAGGCAUUCAGCGACUCCAGGGCGCAGCUUCAGGCUAUAACACUCAUUAUUGGGACCUUGUCCGGCGCCAAGGUAUUCGGGACAGAUAACUAUGAUACACUGAUUACAAAAGCGGCCUUGCAUGGAGCCAAAUUAUUGAAGAAGAGCCACCAGGCGACCGCUGUUGGAUUGGCGAGUCAUCUGUGGUGGCAGGAUCUCCCUACGUCGUCAGAGACGGCUGACAGCGAAUCAAAAACUGACGUUACCGAGAAAGCGAAGGAAGAUGGUGGAGAGAGUACUGCCAAAGCUUAUCCACACCGCGAUAGUAAGCGUGUACUGGAAUGUUUGCAGAAAGCUCUCCGUAUCGCGAACUCUGCCAUUGAGGAGAUUGUGACGGUCCAGUUAUACUGCGACACUCUUGAUCAUUAUCUUUAUUAUCUCUACCAUAAUGCCCCAGCGGUCGCUCCGAAGUUUAUCAAUAGCUUGGUUGAGCUAAUUUCCACGAGCAUUGGAAACAUAUCGUCACCCGAUGUGCAUCCUUCUCAGCGCGCACCUCCUGGUCUUCUGGAGGGAGUGCAGACGCCUGAGAUGAUUACGCGGCAUUUCCGGAAUACUCUUAUCCAUAUCCAGACACGGAAAGAUGCUGCACCGGAGGGACCAUGGGGAGAAGUAGAUGUAAUUGGUGCUAUGCUGAAGAUGGGUCUGGGACGAUGAUGAUGAUUUACUGUCUGGUUAUUUUAUAUUGUACAUGGCUUUUUGCCUUCCUCUCUUUAGUACUGCUUUCAAGUUUCAACAGGAUAUGGAUCUGACGGUCUACCAAUUAUGUAAGCACCAUUGCACUUUUUUUCCGGACCGCUUUGCCGGAAUGCAGCUGGAU